AAAUCAUAUAAAAAUAAAGUCUCUACUAUUUGUAAAUAGAAAGCCUCUUUUUCUCAUUUUCAUUUUUUUUUAUAAUGCAAGAAAACCAAAGCAGCUCUUUACCAUCAGUAGAAGCUAUAUUAGGACCUGCGUUAAACCAACUGAAUAGAACAUUAAAGAACGUGGCAGAUAAAUAUGAAAAACUAACAGAUCUUGACGGUGCUCUGAUCGAGUUCAAUCGUUCAUUUGGAUCGUUUCUUUUUGGAAUACAAGCCAAUAGUAAGACAAUACAAUGGGAACACGCACCAACAGAACAAAUGCUUGAACAUUAUACAUCAACUCAACAACACAUUAAUAACAGCAAUAUUCAUAACAACGCUACAUCCAUUGCCACAUCAACAGAGAACAACAACAAUACAACUACUCAACUUGAAAAUGUUUCGCCGUCCAAUGUACCUAUGCCUACUGUGAUACCAAAUCAUGAAUCGGCAGCUCGUCCCAAAAAAAGAAAAAGCGCCAUGGACCAGCUUCCUUCCAAAAAGCAACGAACAGUAUCUAAGGCGCAGAUUGAUAAGGUUAUCGGCAAGCUACCAGAGGCUUACCGUGGAAGAACGGAAUCAAAUGCAAAUAUGCGAAAGGUAUUGGAGGCAUUAAUAUCGCAUCCUGAUGGACUAUCAAGGAAAGAUUUGGUAAAGGUGACAAGUAUUGCUCAGCCAAAAGUGAUUGAUUGUCUAAAGACAUUAAGUAAAAGCAAAUGUGUUACGGCCAAGAAAGUGCCGGGUAAAUAUGAUACCUUCUGUUUAAACUAAAUUGAAUAAAAAACAAAGAAUUAGUAUGUCAAACUUGUAAAGUAUAUAUUACUAUACUACAACAGUUGAAUUACGUGUUAGAGAGACUGCCUGCUUUCUCAAAACCUUAAAGAUAACUGUCAUAUAAUUCCCAUCCAUAUCAGACCUUGUUUUUGACGUCGAAAAUUCUAAAACCCAACCAAACAGUCAUGAGUUCAAGGUUUA